AUGGUUCUUACAGAUGCUGAGAUUCUAGAGAUUAAAAGUGAACUCGAGCGAGUUAGAAAAACAUCCGAACUAGAUGAAGAGCAAAUGAAGGAAUUAGAAGAGAAGAUGACCGAAUACUUUGAAAAGGAGAAGGUUGUGGCUAGUUUAUUCAACGUGGUGCUAAAAAUGAUAAACAAUUCUGUUGCGAAGAAACAAGCUUCCUCAUCACCAUCAAUGCCCUCGGCCUCGGGUGACAAGGGAAAGCAGAAGUAG